AUGCCCGGUGCCACGGAGAUACAGAACCCGGGGUCGGGAAAAGAGCAGGUGACAAACGAUGUCCCAAAAGUCAUCAAAGAGUUACAAUUUGGUGUCUUGUCUGAUCAAGAUAUAAUCAACCAGUCUCAAGUCGAACUUGCCGAUCGCCGAUUGUUCGACCUCGACAAAGGACGUACCUACGCCGAAUAUGGACCGCUAGAUAGGCGUAUGGGCGUCUCUGGGAAACGAGAUACGUGCCGGACUUGCAGAGAACAACUACAAACAUGUAACGGCCAUUUUGGACAUGUCAGACUGGUUCUGCCCGUAUUCCAUGUGGGAUAUUUCAAGAAGGUGAUUCAGAUUCUGCAGAGCAUUUGCAAGAACUGCUCUUGCAUCCUCCUCUCGGAAGUAGAUCGAAGAAAGUUUAUCGCCAGCCUUCGAAGAUCGCAAAAUGAUAGCCUGAAACAAGCUAUUAUUGUCAGACGAGUCGCUGAUCAAUGCCGAAAAACCAAAGUCUGCUUCGAGUGUGGUGCUCUCAAUGGCUUGGUUCGAAAGGCUGGAACCUACUCGCUCAAGAUAUCUCAUGACAAGUUCAAAACAUACAAUUCAUCAACAUCGGCCAAAAAGAUUGCUCCGCCAGAGAAGAUUGCCUUCGAUCAGUCGUUCGAGAAUGCCAAACAAACCAAUUCCGAGCUCGAAAAACAUCUGAAAAAGGCCAUGGAUGAUUUGAAUCCUCUGCGAACAUUGAAGUUGUUCAGACGAAUCCGACAUGCGGACCGUGAACUACUCGGUCUGCGAUCGGCCAAACCUGAGUCCUUUCUUUGGCUGUACAUCCCUGCCCCGCCCGUCUGUAUUCGACCUUCAGUAGGGCAAGAGGGUGCAAGUACGGAAGACGACAUUACAGCGAAACUAGGCGAUAUUGUCGCGGCCAAUUCUGCGUUGAGAGAAGCCAUCGAAAAAGGCGCCCCCGUACAAUCUGUCAUUGAACACUGGGACUAUCUUUCUCUACAGCUGGCCAUGUAUAUCAAUAGUGACGUGCCCGGCCUUGCGAAAGGGGAGUUUGGAAAGCAAAUCAGAGGGUUCGUACAACGACUGAAAGGGAAACAAGGCCGCUUCCGUGGCAAUCUGUCGGGCAAACGGGUCGACUUUUCAGGUCGAACUGUCAUUUCCCCGGACCCAAAUUUGAACAUUGACGAAGUCGCAGUUCCUGAAUUGGUGGCGAAGAACAUGACAUAUCCAGAAGUGGUCAACGAAAUCAACAUUGACAAACUUCGACAACGAGUGCGCAAUGGUACCAAGAUCUGGCCGGGGGCCAAUUACGUCUACAAGAAGGAUGGUGAUUUUCGAAUCUUUCUCAAAUUUGGCAAACCGGAACAUGUUGCCAGAGAGCUGAAGGAGGGCGAUGUCGUCGAACGCCAUCUCGAAGAUGGAGACGUGGUGUUGUUCAAUCGUCAACCCUCUCUUCACAAGCUCAGUAUUCUCAGCCACUAUGUCAAAGUUCGGCCCCAUCGGACAUUCCGAUUGAACGAGUGCGUCUGCAACCCUUACAAUGCCGAUUUUGAUGGUGACGAGAUGAAUCUUCAUGUCCCCCAGACGGAGGAAGCCCGGACCGAGGCGACCUUGUUGAUGGGUGUUAAGCACAACAUUGUGACGCCUAAGAACGGUGAGCCCAUCAUCUCGGCAAUCCAGGAUUUUGUUACUGCAUCCUUCCUGCUCAGCGGUUUGGACCAAUUCUUCGACAGGAAAACAUUCGUUACCAUCUGUGUCGGAAUGUUGGAGCCUGAGACCAAGUUCGAGCUUCCUCCGCCGUCCAUCAUCAAGCCUCAAGCUUUGUGGACAGGGAAGCAAGUUUUCAGCGUCUUGAUGAGACCAAACAAGCAAUCACCUGUGAUGGUCAAUCUGGACGCUGCCUGCCGAGACCAUAACCAGUUCCAUCCAGGUCUGCAUCGAGACCUCCAAGACGACAGCUUCCUGUGUAUUCGCAAUUCCGAAGUCCUGUGUGGCCGGAUGGACAAGUCCACCGUCGGUUCAGGGAAAAAGAACUCGGUCUUCUAUAUCUUGUACCGAGAUUUCGGACCAGACGCAGCUGCCCAAGGCAUGAACCGCUUAUCCAAACUCUGUGCGAGAUGGUUAGGGAACCAAGGAUUCACCGUUGGUAUUAGUGACGUUACCCCGCCAGAUAUGCUGGUGAAGGCUAAAGCGGACAUGAUAGCCAAAGUCUUCGAGGAGUGUAACUCCUUUGUGCGAGACUCCAAAGCAGGCAAGCUGAAGAGAAAAGCAGGCUUGGAUGAUGCAGGCACACUCGAAGGAGAGCAGGUCCGGGUGCUUAGUACUAUUCGCACAAACAUUGCAGGUGUUUUGACUUCUCAGCUCAGCAAGAGAAAUACUCCAAUGAUUAUGGCAAUUUCGGGCUCCAAAGGCUCCAACAUCAACGUCGCCCAGAUGGCUGCUCUGUUAGGUCAGCAAGACAUCGAGGGGAAGCGUGUUGCGGAUGGGUUUCAAGACCGAACAUUACCUCACUUCGCAAAGCACGAGCGAUCUCCACCGUCAAAAGGAUUCGUUUCGAAUAGCUUCUUCAGUGGACUGUUGCCUUACGAGUUCCUGUUCCACGCAGUUGGCGGUAGAGUGGGUUUGGUCGACACCGCUGUCAAGACAGCUGAAACUGGUUACAUGUCCCGACGGCUCAUGAAGUCUUUGGAAGAUCUUUCCACUCAGUAUGACCGCACAGUCCGCAAUUCAUCGUCCAAUAUCGUACAGUUCCGCUUCGGCGACGAUGAGCUUGAUCCAGUCGAUAUGGAGGCAAGUGCGAAGCCUGUCGACUUUGAACGUACCUAUGCUCACGUUGAAGCGACAACUUUUGACAUGAGCGACCCCGGUCUUAACGAUACCGAAAUUUACUCCGUUAUGGAAGACAUCUUGUCAGCAAAGCGUAGUCUUCUCACUAGGAUCGAUCUCAAUAGUGUUGAGCUUCGUUAUGAUACAGAUGAUGACCGACUUGUCGACCAGCACGAGAGCCAUCGUGCGUUCCUUCAGUCAAUACACGACUUUAUCAUGGCAAAAUCACAUGCUUUCAACGAGGCUAGGGCACAAAAGAAGCAAUAUGCGUUACCUCCCCCACGAAUGGCUUCGAGUGCCUCUAAGAGAAAGGCCGAUGCUGAACUUGAAGAAGUGGAAGAUGAAACUCCUGCGGCACCAGCGCGACGCUCUGGGAGAAGAGGUACAAGCCCCGCUGUCACAUCACCAAAAGGAACCAAAAAACAAAAGAAAGUAUCAUCCGACGACAAGACAUUGACGAGAGUACGAGCGCUUCCAUCCACGAAGGAUCGCUUUGAACUCACUUCUAAACUUUCGAAGAAGACGUUACAGGCCUUCGUCAACUUGUGCUUGGAGAAAUACGAACGAGCACGAGUAGAGCCAGGCCAUGCCGUUGGGGCCGUUGGAGCCCAGUCUAUUGGGGAGCCAGGUACUCAGAUGACCCUGAAAACCUUUCACUUUGCGGGUGUUGCCGGUAUGAGUUUGACCGCGGGAGUACCUCGAAUCAAAGAAAUCAUCAACGCGUCGAAAGAUAUCAGUACACCGGUCAUCACUUGCCGUCUGGAGCGCAGACGAGACUUGUCAAUACCCGAAUCUCUUGCGAGGAUUGUGAAAGGCAGAAUCGAGAGCUUAUAUCUGGAAGACAUUACGUCGUACAUCGAGAUCAGCCAUUCUCUUGGAAAACCCAGUUGCAUCCACCUUAAAAUCUCACUGGAUACCAUCACGGAACUGGGCCUCGACCUCACACUGGAAGAUAUCUGUAACGCCAUUCGGAAACAUCGCCAACUCAGAGCUGCAAAGCUAAAGAUUCAACUUCGAGGAAAGGACAUCCUCAAACUCUCGACGGACUCUCCCAUCAAAUCCAUGAAGCGAGGAUCUGCAGCCAAAUUUGAUGAGGAAAGCCAGAGUGAACGAUUGCUCCGUCUUCAGACCCUGCGUCGCAUUCUUCCGAGGGUGCACGUUCUGGGACAUCCUCAAGCAAUUCGAGCAGUAGUGAUGGCAGAAGACGAUCCAAUGUCGGACGAGAUAAAGGCCCAGCGGGCGGCUCUUGAACGGGCUAAACCUGGGAAGAAGCGUGCCGCUCAGCCAUCCACGGAAUCAGAGGUUAAAGGCGAGAAUGGAGACGACACCGCAUCUUCCAAAACCACAUCGAAGAUCAAGAUCGAAGAUUCUUCCCAGCCCGCAGUACCCAAACCCCCUGAUGCAAACAGCAGACCCGAACAAAUGCACAAGGUCAUGGUGGAAGGCUAUGGGCUACUCUAUUGCAUGAACACGGAGGGUGUCGAUCCAUAUCACACGCAGACUAACUCGGUGAUUGAAACUCUGCAAGUCCUCGGUAUCGAAGCUGCUCGCUCCAAGAUCAUCACAGAAAUCCAGGAAGUUACCAAAGGACUUUCGAUUGACCCUCGUCAUAUGGCACUCUUGGCGGACGUGAUGACAUACAAAGGCGAAGUAUUGGGGAUUACGCGAUUCGGGCUGGCGAAGAUGCGCGACAGUGUCCUCCAGCUGGCCAGUUUCGAGAAGACGGCUGAUCAUGUCUUUGACGCAGGGAUGGCAGGCAAGAUUGAUAAGAUCGAGGGUGUCAGCGAGUCUGUCAUUGUGGGGAAGACCAUGACCGUGGGUACGGGUAGUGUCGAGGUCGUGAGAUAUCUGAAUAUCGAAGGCAAGGAUAAGUCCAGGAGACCUACAAUUUUCGAGGACGCAUGGAAUAAAGCUGGUCGAGAACGUGAGCGAAAAAGAAGAUGA